GAUCUAUAUGUACGCUAUGUACAUUGAUUUUGCUGCGAGUGUUCCUGGCGGGGGCAGGUGGGCGGCAUCAUUAUGUUGGAACUUGAGCUUUGUGUAACGUACGGUUUAUCCCUGACCUAUACGAGUCAAAAUUAAAUUCUUUCGAUAAGUUUUAGCACAGUCCCCUCCCCACUGUGCAGUCACUUUUUACUGUGAAAACAGGGCAUACAAAUAACAGCUGUGUAACCGAAUAUUCGUUCAAACAAGGCUAAUGGUACUGAAUCCUGGUGGCGCCAUCAUGCUGGAAAGGGAUUUUUUUUUUUCCCAACGGGUCAUUAAAAUAGAGAAAUUUGUAAUCAGCAUGAUGGUUUGAUUGUAUGUGGUGUAUUCGAGUUAUGGUUGUGAGUAAGAGUAAUAAUGAGUAAUAUUAAUUUAAAGGACGUAGAUUUAUAUGAAUUGCUUGGAAUACUUUCAACAGCUGCUACACAGGAGGUGAAGAAAGCAUACCGCAAAAAAGCACUGUCAUGCCAUCCAGACAAGAACCCAGAUAAUCCAAAAGCAGCAGAACUUUUUCAUCAGCUCUCCAAAGCAUUAGAGAUCCUGACAGAUGAGUCAGCUCGUGCUGCAUAUGACCGGGUUUUAAAUGCAAAGAAAGCAGCUAAGUUGCGACAUCGUGAACUUGAUUCUAAGCGGAGAAAGCUGAAGGAAGAAUUAGAAGCAAGGGAGCAGCAAGCAGAGAAAUUUGCAAAACAGUACCAUGGCUAUAUCAGCAAAACAGAUGAACAAAAGCUUCAGGAUGAGAUUGAGAGGUUAAGAAAGGAAGGUUCAAAGCAAGUUGAACAAGAGCAGGAGUAUGUUCGACAGCAAAUCAUACAAGAAAAGUUAAACAAGGAAACACUGAAGGAAGACUGUAGUCAACACAGGUUGAGAGUGAGAUGGACUGUAGCAAAGGAUGACCCAGACAAUGGAGGAUACACCAGUGAAUUGUUGUACACAAUACUUUCCAAGUAUGGUGAAAUUGUUGCCUUAAUUAUGUCUUCAAAAAGGAAAGGAAGUGCACUUGUAGAGUUUAAAACAAAAGAAGCAGCUGGGAUGGCACUGGAACUGGAACGAGGAUUAACUGAAACCCCUUUGAAACUGGAAUGCCUUGAAAUUGAAGGACAGAAUAAACCAACUGGAACCAAGAGAGGACCAAAGUUGGCAGAUCUGAGGAGUGAAGCAGCUGGAACUAAAACACAAAAUGACAGCAGUACCUUCCCAUCCAUGGCUGAUGGAACAAAGAAUAAAUCACCUAAUUUUCGAAGCUUUUCAUUCUCCCCUAACAUUUCAAGUGAACCUGUGCACGCCACAGAUUCAGAUUUUGAGAGUUUGGUCCUGAGAAGACUGAGACAAGCUCAAGAAAGAAAGGAGUUGAUUGAUAAAAUUAAGGAAGAGGAUGGCAGUGAUAUACGUUAGCAUAUUUUAAAUUGUGGGCUACCUGUACAGUUUAAAAAGAAAUUAAUUAUUUGUAACAUUAGAUUUAAAAUUAUUCAGUCCAGGCAUAUGAGCUAUGUGGUUAUGUAAUACAGGCAACCUGCAAGCUUACACUGUAUUUUAAAACAUGCAAAAUAUAAAUUGUGUUGCAUGUUUUAUGAUUUUGUAUCUUUCAGAAAGUCAAUUUGUUCCUAAAAAUAUGUCAUUUAAGUGUUAAUAUUGCUGUAACUAUUUGUAAUGUAACUAAUAUACAAGGAAAGAUACAGUGGAA